AUGGCCGACAAGUCGUACCUGAUCAUCGGCGCUGGCGUUUUCGGCGUCUCGACUGCUUACCACCUCAUCAAGAAGUACCCCAACGCAGACAUCACCAUUGUCGACCGUGAUGCCUUCGACCAAGACACCCGCGUGGCCGCCUCUUGGGACUGGAACAAGGUAGUCCGCGCCGACUACGACGACAUCGUAUACUGCAAGAUGGCCAUUGAGUCACAAGACAUGUUCAAGACGGACAACCUGUGGAAGCCCUACUUCUACCAGACCGGCAUCUAUUGGAUGUGUCGCAGCGACUAUGCUCAGGACGUCGUCAACAACUACAAGAAGCUGGGCAGAGCCGCCGACCUCAAGGCCGUGCCAAUCGAUGAAGCACGCAAGCUGUACGGUGGCCUGUUCGAGGACGCCGACUACUCCGAUGUCAAGGAGGUGCUCGUCAACAAGAGCAGUGGCUGGGCCACUGCUGGCGAGUGUCUGAUCGGCAUUACCCGUGAAGCCUUGAGACUGGGUGUCAAGUACAAGCAGGCCGAGGUUGCUUCGCUGCUCCUUGACAAUGGCCGCUGCAACGGCAUCAAGACGGCCGACGGUGAAACCUUGACCGCCAAACACACUCUUCUAUGUACUGGCGCAUACACACCGAAGCUGCUUGAAUACUGCGCCCAGGCCAGCGGCAACAACGACCUCUGUGCUGGCGAGAGAAUCGUUGCUGGUGGUAUCACCACUGGCAUGACCAGGUUGGACGAGGACUCAUACCGCAGAUUUGCGUCCAUGCCAGUUGGCGUUCAGGGAUACACUGCCGAGACUGGACCUUUUAUCGGAAGUCUGCCGCCAACAAGAGACAGAGAACUCAAGUGGUGGGGCCAGAAGAUCUUCAAGAACGACACAGAAGUCUUACCUGGACGCGUUGUGUCCGCACCUCCGGCGAAACGUGACUACGGACAGUGGGAUGUUUCAAACAGACUCAAGGAGGACAUUCAAUACGCCAACCACGUCUUCUACGGAAAGAAAUCUGCACACUGGACCAUGGAGAAACACCGCAUCUGCUGGGACGCUUUCACAUCCAGUUCAGACUUCAUCAUCUCGCCACACACCGCCGCCAAGGGCUUGUAUGUUGCAACAUGUGGCAACUUCCACGGCUGGAAGUUCUUCCCUGUGCUAGGCAAGUACAUCAUCUCCAUGCUGGAGGGCACAUUGGAACCCGAGUUGUGUGAAAAAUGGGGCUGGGACAGAGAUCGUCCUGACCCCAAGUACUUUGCCGACUGGCCAAGACACGAUAUGAAGGAUAUGUUGGACCCCGUCAGAACCGCCAGGCUAUAA